UUGUAAACCAGCACUUUAUCAAGACAGAAUAGCCAACCCAUCAACGUGCAUCACGAUGAAACCAGCCCUGUUUAAUCAAACUGCAGGCUGAGAAGAGAGGGUGACAUGUUCCACCUUUCUCCAUCCGGACUUUGGCGGAUACCACACAGCCGCAGCCGAUGGCCGUUUGGCGCCCUCCAUUGUUGAAGCACCCGAAUUGCCUGACCGAUCCGGUCUUCGUCAACCAACCAGGAAAGAGGGCUUGCCGCGAUCUGGACUGAGGCGGAUGAGACCAGAAACCUUUGUUCGGUGUCUCCUCUCGAUGCGAGAAGAAAACCGAGACCUUCUCCAUGCGUUCAGCACAACCGCACUACCAUUUUGUGGGUUGGGAAUCGCAGAUGGUUGUUUUACUAAUCAAAAAUCAGGAUCACUCAUAAGUGAGGCUUUAUAUAGGUCUGUUUUUUUCCCCCUCCCCGGUAGCUACAAGCCGAGGGGCGACAUCUGGUCGUGUUUUUUGUCUGUCAGCUGCUAAAUGGAAAUAGAAGGCGGAACUGAAAGUGGAAGCAACCGAGGUAAUGAUCUUCCAAUCCGUUAUCUCCGGCUCCUGGCCCCACCCCUGCAGCUUCUGUCGGCUGCAGUGUGGCAAGUUGUGCAGCAGGGACUUGUGGAUCACUAUGGGAUGGUGGAGGAGUUUGUUACCAUGGUGACAGAGCUGGUUCCCGAGCUGAUGAGCUACAGCCAGAGGGCUCAACUCAUCCUGGGACUCAGGGCCAGGUUGGUCCUGGAGCUGUGUCGUGGGGAGCAUCCAGUGGAUAUACAGGCCAUUCAGCCACAUCUGGACAGAGUAAAAGCUCCUGUCAGCUCUGCCAAAGAUCACCACAUAACUAUCAACCAGGUGGAGGAGUCCGAAGUGAACUUUGUGGAGCUGGUGCACUCAUUACUGGAAGACCCCACUGAGAGGAAAUUUUUUUUCCAGGAAGUCUUUCCCAUAUAUUUUGGCCCAAAGUAUGACGCAGCACUGGAGAUGCUGGUGUGGGAGUUCAUAUCCAGAAUGGAGGAGCUGCUGCCAGUUCCAGACUUCACUCAGUUGGCAGGUUUGGUCAGAGAGACUCCGUCAUUCCUCGAUGAGUGUUUACAAUCCCUCUUCCCACCAGAGGACAUGAAAAUUAUUAUUGAGCACCACAGAGGCCUCGGCUAUUUUGAAGAGAAAGAUUCGAGGUUAUUACCGAUGGAUGACUGCAUCCUCUCCUCGCUCUCCGUGCCCCCCGGGACCAGGCCGCCCGCGGACGCUGAAUCCUUUUCGCCUGCUUUCAAAGACACAGACGCCCCGGGACACAAAGUGCUGGGCCUGGAGAUGCCGAACACCAGGAGCUCUGACGCCAUCAGGAAAGCGCAGAGAGACACGAGGGACUCUUGGCAGAUGCAGGGUGGAGACGGACACAUUUCUCAGGAGCGGGAAGCGCACAACUCAACAGGUGAUGAAACCAUAGACCUCACCAAAGCUAAUGAGGCCGCAGACACGGAAUCGGAGGCCAGCGAAAGCAACCAAAGCUUAAGGGCAGCUUCCCGUCAAAGGAAGAGGAGGCUGAGCGGAGGUGCGGACAUUCCCUCAAAGAAGCCCAUGGACGCGUCAGCUAUCAUGGAUUCCUCAGUGGAUGAUGAGAAUUCAGGAGAAUCUCCUCUGAUCUCCAUAUGGGGAGACUAUACCGACUCUCAGGAACACUCUUUGCCAGUUGCGAUGGACUCAAAGGUUCCCUGGUCGGACGAGGAGACCAUUCAUCUGCUCGACAUUUGGGGAAAGGACUCUGUGCAGCGUGCUUUGAAGGGCUGCUUAAAAAACCGUCACAUAUUCAGUCAGAUCGCACAGAAGAUGGGGGAGAGGGGCUACUUGCGAACAGCGGAGCAGUGCCAAACGAGGAUCAAACGACUGAAGAAAUGCUUCCGCCAGAGCAAUAAAGCUCACUCAAAGCUAGAGCAUAAAUUCUACUCAAAGCUGGAGCAGAUUCUCAACUCCUCAGCUCCCUCAUCUGUGACGGAGGUCACCUACGACGUGGAGGAGAUCGCCGAUGAGGACGGCUCCCAAGAUGGCGACGAGGACUUGCAGUUUCUCGGGCAAACCAGCCAACUGGAAAUUGGAACCAGAAGUGUGCCCUGGACAGACCAGGAGACUUUAGCGCUCAUCAACAUUUGGAGUGCUGACAAGAUGCAGCAGGAGCUAAGAGGAAUGCACAGAACCGGACACAUUUUUUCCAUCAUAUCCAACAAGUUAGCCACCCAGGGAUUCUCCCGAACGCCCGAGCAGUGCCAAACGAGGCUCAAAAGGCUCAAAUCCAACUUCAGGCAGUGCUACCAAAACAACCUGAAAGGACUUGAACAAGUCAAGUGCAAGUUUUACAACGAACUGGGAAGAAUCUUAGUGAAGGACUUCGCAUCGGUGCUGCAGAUGGAAGAAAUGUCCGAAGAGGCAGAAGACUUGGCGUUUCCCGCCUUCAGCAACCAAGACGCAGAGUCCUCAUCAGGAGUUCCAGAGGACAGGAAGAAAGUGCCAUGGUCUGACAAAGAGACCAUCAUCCUGCUGGAGAUCUGGGGGGACCAGCAGGUCCAGCGGGGCCUGGGACGCUACCCCCACAACGGUCACAUCUUCACCGAGAUCUCCGACAAACUCAGUGCUCACGGUUACUCCCGCAGCCCAGACCAGUGCCACACCAGGAUCAAACGGCUGAAAGCCAACUACCGCCAGUGUAAAGAAAACAUGAGCUCGUCUGGGACCGAUCAAGUUGACUUCAAAUUCUACGAUCUGCUGGAGCAAAUUAUGGAAAAGCAACAGUCGAAAUUGUCCCCAGUGAUAACCGACUCCAUCGAAAUAUCAGAGGACUCCAACGAAGAGUCGGUGACUGAGAAAGACGAAGAAUCUGCUGAGUCAGCCGAAAAGCCAGCAAACGGCUCUUGGUCGGAUGAGGAGACGCUGGCGCUCAUCGACAUCUGGGGCGAGGAGGACGUGCAGAAGUCGCUGAGGGGUUUCGUCCACAACGGCCACGUCUACGCUGAGAUCUCCGAGAGGCUGCACGACCUGGGCUUCUCCAAGAGCUCCGAGCAGUGCCGCUGGAAGGUCAAGUCGCUGAGGGUCAACUUUCGGCAGUGCUACGACAAAAAGAAAAGUGGAAGAAAAGUGGAUUAUAAGUUCUUCCAACCGCUCGAACGAAUACUGGGACAGGAGGCCACUUCUAUCGACGAGUAUGACGAGCAAGAUGGCCAAGAGGAGCCGGACCCGGGGCUCCUGGACAACGUCAACACGCCCUGGACGGAGGAGGAGACGGUCACGCUCAUCGAGGUCUGGGCGGCCGACGACGUGCAGCACAGCCUGAAGACCUGCGUCCGCAACGGCCACGUCUUCGCCGAGAUAGCCGAGAAGAUGGCCGCCCUGGGCUACCUGAAGACGGCCGAGCAGUGCCAGACGCGGAUCAAGAGGCUGAAGAAGACCUACCGCCGCCACUGCAACAGCAAGAGAAACGGAGGUCGGCCAACGGUGUUCCGGUAUUACAACCUUCUGGCACCGGUGCUGGGAGACCGGUCCAUCGUCCCGCCGUUCGCAGACUUGGACAGCACCAUGGUCGACGCCGCCUUAGAACAACUUAUGGAUAGUGACCAAGCCAUGUACGACCAGCCCUCCACCAGCCAGCUCCUCGCCGACAUGAGCAGGAAGACGCCCUGGUCCGAGCUGGAGACUCGCACCCUGCUGGAGAUCUGGGGCGAAGACAAUGUCCAGCUCACCUUGAGGGGCUGCCUGAAGAACCGGCACGUGUUCGAGUACAUCUCAGAGAAGAUGGCCGCCCACGGAUUUAUACGGACCACAGAGCAGUGCUACACCCGCAUCAAGCGCCUCAAAUACGGCUUCGUCCAUGAGAAAGAGGAUUUUAAAUUCUUCAAUGAGAUGAACAAAAUCUUCAAAAAGGAGCCGAAAGUGGAGGACUCGGUGGAAGAGACUCCAGCAGUCGCAGAGGAAGCCGAAGACUGCGGUCCUGACUUGGACCAAAUGAAAGUGGCCCCAGGUAACCAGUGGGUUUCAGACAACUCGAAGGCGGCUUGGGGUGACGAAGAGACCGAGGCCCUACUGAAUAUUUGGGGGAGCAACGACAUCCAGGAGAACCUGAAGGGUGGGACAAAGAACAAACACCUCUACAUCCAGCUGUCUCAGGUCAUGGCCGGCCGGGGUUACCUGCGCACUCCUGAACAAUGUCAGUCGCGGAUAAAGAGGCUGAGGGCCAACUUCAGACACUUCCUGGAGGGCAGACAGGGAGAGAAGCAGGAGUGCAAGUUUUUUGAUCAGUUGGUGCGGAUUUUCGGCAACAAGUACAUGGCGAACCCCGAUCCCUUGGCGGAUGACACCGCUGAACCCACAGAGUCAUGAAAUCAGCAGUUGUCAAGAUGUCACAGCAGCUGCAGAUGAAGUAGAAACACCCAGAAGAAGAAAGGCGCUAAUACUGGCUUUAUUCACUUCAGAGGUUUUUAUUUUUACCUUUGAGGGCAGACGGCCUGUCCAAGCUCCAUGUAUAUACUUUAAAUACUUUUUCAUUCUCCUGACACAAAGACUUACUUCAAGCUGAAAUCUAGAGCGUUUGUGUGUAUGUAUCCCUCAGCUAGAGUGUCUUGUGAUUCUUAGUAACAGAGCCAUGAUGCAGGAUGCUCAGGGUUUGAGGGACAAACAUGUUUUUUCUAGUAAUUAUUUUAUACUUGAACUUAAGGUGGGUAAAUCAAAGCACAUGCAAGUAGAAAUACAAGCAAGACCUUCAAUACUCGGACCACGGCCUCCCUUUUUUUGUCCCUACUUGUGUCUCACUUGUUAAAUCUUAUGUCUUUGCACUCGUUUGUAAAGUUUGAAAUCUGUGUGAUGAAAGGUGAAAUAUUUAAGUUCAUUUACAUCCUGUAUUAAUGUGAGUUAACUUUGUCUAGAAUUCUAUUUAUUUAAACAAUGUAUGUAUUCCAAAGUUUUGCCGUUUACUUUGAAAAUAUUACACUUCAAACCUUAUUGGAGUACAUUUGUGCCACAAACGUGUUACGGUUUUUUCAUAUCCAUUAAACAAAAUCUAAAAUGUCUGAUUGUCAACUGAUGCUGGAUACAUUAAAUUCCUAAAAAAGGGAUGAGAGCAAAUGUACCAUUCAACACUUAGUGU